AUGGCCGACUAUGACUACUUGAUCAAAUUCCUCGCGUUGGGCGACUCGGGAGUCGGGAAGACCUCAUUUCUGGUCAGUUCUCCAUCUUCUUCCCUUGAAAUUUUACUUUAUAUCAUCUAUUUCAUGGAUAAUAUGAAUCCGAACAUCUUUGAUCGUAUAAAAUGUCCGUUUCAGCAUCGUUACACCGACAACACCUUUACGGGUCAGUUCAUAUCGACGGUGGGGAUUGACUUCAAGGAGAAGAAGGUUGUUUACAAAAGUGCCCGAGGCGGUUUCGGCGGCCGCGGACAGAGGGUGCUAUUACAAUUAUGGGAUACGGCCGGACAGGAGCGGUGAGUGCAGGGCGUUUGAUGGGAUUCGAGGUUUAGAUUCCGCUCCCUGACCACCGCCUUCUUCCGCGAUGCCAUGGGAUUCAUCUUGAUAUUCGACAUCACCAAUGAGCAAUCCUUUUUGAAUAUCCGGGAUUGGCUUUCUCAGCUAAAAGUAAGUAGCCACUUACUUUACUAGUAGGGACGAUCAAAAACACUGUAAUUUACCAUUAAAUUACCUACUAUGCAAAAUAUUUUGGCAAUUUUGUAAUCGAUUUGACCUCAAAUCCUUAAUCUUUUUGAUAAAUCUGAUGGAUAAUAUAAGAGACAAUAACCAUGAGGAGGAUGUUCGCAGAGGGCCGGGUGGCUUUUAUCGCCCUAUUCUUGCAUUUUUUAUGAAUUUUGGUCUCGAAACCAUUACUUUUUUUGGCUGAAUUAUUACUUUUUAUGCAUGGAAUUAUUUAUGAUGGUAAAAGAAUGCAUGGGAAGAGAGAGAGACUAGGCCAUAAAUCCGCGGGAAUAUAACCCGGAGAGCAGUUUUAUCACCUCGCACUUCCGGAAAUAUCCUGUUUACAGCUUCAAUACCAAUUUUUUUGUCCUACUACAAUACAAAUUGUUCAGAUCCAUGCCUAUUGCGAGACCCCUGACAUAAUCCUCUGUGGGAAUAAAGCGGAUCUUGAGAAUCGCCGCCAAGUCUCGACCGCUCGCGCCAAACAGCUCGCCGAUCAGCUGGGCCUUCCCUACUUCGAAGCCUCGGCCUGCACUUCAAUGAACGUGGAGAAGGCGGUCGACUGUCUGCUGGACAUGGUCAUGCAGAGGAUCCAGAUGUCUGUUGAUGGAGAUAAUCUGCCCACCGAGUAUCUGGGCUCCGGGAAUCGGAUUCAGGUUGAGGAAGAGGGAACCCAGGGGGGAAUCGGUCAGAACUACUGCAACAACUGCUAA